UGUUUAGCAACUGUUAUUUUCUGUAUCAUUCGUAUUGUUCAUUUAUUAUUUGGCCCAAACACACGUCUUUUCGAACUAUGGCGUUAAUAGCAUUUAUACCCAUAGCAAUUUCGUUUUGCGUAGUGUUAGUUUUUAGGUUAAUUAAUAAGAAAUAUAACCCGCCUAUUUUCGGUGUGUAUCAGAGAAGAAACAAAUACUUUUGGUUCAAGUUUGUGUUUAUGUACAUUAUAUUGAGGUAUAGACAGCUACUGGUUCACAUAAAACGGAUACUCGCAGUCGAAUUGGGCUACAGCUACGAUGGUACAGUGCAUAUCCAUGAACAUGACGUUGCUUUAGAAGAAAAGUUUUUCCACGGGGACCAUCCUUUGGCGGUGGACGCAGUAUACUUUAAUGGAACAGCCAAAGAUACUUCUGUUAUCUGCGGGAUUGCUAGGAGACCUCAAAGUAUUUGCGACGCUUUUCUGUUCCUCAAGUUGGCAGGUAAAGAACGUCUGCUAACUCCUAGUCUCCCAGACACGUACUUGAAACAAGAGGUCGUGGAAGAGGGAGAAUAUGCUGUCAACGGCAUGUCCGCACACAACUUUAUUCCCAUGCGAACUUGGAAACUCUCCUACAGUGGCGAGAUGAAGUCUAGUAGUGACUCCGAGACAAAGCACAGAGUAGAAAUGAGUCUAACAUGGAGCGCCAGGUACCCGGUGUUCAACUUUGAUACUCACAUGUCGCCGCUUACCAUGGCCAAAGACAUGGCCCGUGAACGAUGGUCUGGUGACUACUUCAAAUUACUUAAGAAAUUUCAUCAAACUCACUACGAGCAGAUGGGCCACCUAACCGGUUCUGUGUUCGUCGACGGAGAAGAGCACAAAGUGAAUAUCCCGUGCGUGCGCGACCACAGCUUUGGCAAGAGUCGCGAGUGGCGCAACUUCCACCGCUACGUUCUGCACUACAUUUUCCUAGAGAAUGGAGAUUGUAUAGCAGCAGGGGUUGUAUGUCAACCUGCCAUUCUUUCCCAUCUUACCAUUGGAUACAUAUGCCGCCGGUCGGACCAAGCGGUAUUACCAUUGAAGGGCUGCGAUUUUGAAAUGUGGCAGCAUGGUGAAAAUCAGGUUCUUCCCAGAGACUACGGUUUUGUAUUCAAAGCAGGUGGAGAAGCAUACGAUGUGAAAAUAAAAGUUGAGGACGAAGAUACUUUCUAUAUCGGCAAACUUAGGGACUCGAAGUUCUACGAACGAUGGGGACCAGCCGAAGUUAAUGGAGUGAAAGGGUGGGCCUGCGGAGAGUGGCAGUAUAAUAAUGUUGCAGCUUCUAUUAAAGCAAAAUAAUGUGACCAUUUCAACUUAAUGGGAUUUUAUUUUUAGUAUAAAUUUUUGGUAAAAUGGUGAUUGAUUGAACUUGAAAUUAUAGUGCUCUAUUUUUAAAAUUUUAUUUAUGAAACGUGGUAUAAGUUGAUAUUAUUUAUUGCCGUAUUUUUUUAAUGUAGUGUGUAAUUUCUUAUUUUUGUGAAUAUCUCAUUCAAUUGGUCCUUUGUGGCCAGCAUUAUUUUUUUAAAGGGCAUAUACUGCACGCCCCUUUCCCAUCGGGGUACCUACACAGAGACCACAACCCUUCCAUUUGCUACUCUACUAACACAACUUUCACCUUACCAACACGCAUCAAUACUUUCAUAUACAGGCUCGUCAGUUAAAGGUACUCUUGGCCUUUACUUUUUGUUAAAGUUAUGUGUUAAAAAUAAACGACAGUGUUAAAAAGUAAAUAAUAAUAAAUAAAACUAUGUGACAUAGCGAAGAAAGUUAACUGUAUUUAGCAUAACAUUUCAUUAACUUAUGUAUAAGUUUUAACUUAGGAAAUAAAGUGGACUAGCAAAUUAUGGCGUUAAGUACAAUUCAACAAAUUUGUAAAAUAUUACAAUUAUACUAAA